AUGCCCUCACCCUCACCCACCACCAACAACUUGACCGAGUCACACCAGCUGCCGGCGUUCUACUCGCCGCGCGCUGCGCCUGUCGAUUCCGGUGCCGAAGGCAGUGGUGACGCGGCCGCCGCUCCGGUAGACGACCUGUUGCUGUCCGCUGCCGCCGGCACACCCACCUCGCAACCCCCACCACCGUCGCUGUUGUCGCCGGCAUUCACGCCGCCGGCCACUCCCGGCACGCAGACGCCCAAGACUCGAGGGCCUCGCAGCGUUCCCGUUGACAGCUCCAUCCCCUCGGGCGGAUGCGGCUCCAAGAAGCCCCGCCUGCUCGAGAAGCUGCCGGAGGUGCAAUGCCUCGUGCGCGCGCGCAUCCCGACCGUCAAUGGCACCGAGAUGUUCCUGCAUCUCUAUACCAACAAUGUUGACAAGAAGGAGCACUUGGCUAUUGUCUUUGGCAAUCAUAUUCGCAGCAAGAGCCUUGAUGCGCCCCGCGAGGGCGAGACGGAAAUGGACCGCAUGACUCGCGGCGCCUAUACCGGCCGUCUGUUCCCUGGCCGUACCACGAGCGGCAUGGGCAGCAGUGAACCAAACACACCAUCUUCGGAACCCGCGACUACAAAGUCUGCGGAUCCUCCGCUGGUACGAAUUCAUUCCGAGUGUUAUACGGGAGAGACAGCCUGGUCCGCGCGGUGCGACUGCGGCGAGCAGCUUGACGAGGCAGCUCGUCUGAUGGGCCUUUCCGACAACGAGAGCGGCGGAAUCAUUAUUUACCUGCGGCAAGAGGGUCGCGGCAUCGGGCUGGGCGAGAAGCUCAAGGCGUACAACCUGCAGGACCUUGGUUCCGAUACCGUCGAGGCGAAUCUGCUUCUCCGCCAUCCCGCUGAUGCCAGAAGCUACGGCUUAGCCACGGCCAUGCUUCUUGAUCUCGGACAAGACAGUGUGCGGCUACUGACAAACAACCCCGACAAAAUCCGUGCUGUCGAGGGGCCCAACAGAGAGGUCGUUGUCAAGGAGAGAGUUGCCAUGGUGCCACUCUCAUGGCGCGGCAAAGGUGGCUUUCGAAGCGAAGAGGUAGAGGGCUACUUGAAGACAAAGAUUGAACGAAUGGGACACAUGCUAGACAUGGAAAGCAUGCCACACUAG